CGUCUUGGUAUAACAUCCAGUCUUGUGUUGUGGUCCGGCCAUCAUCAUACAUUACCCCGAGUUAUUUCUCCAAAACUUCAUUAAAUAACUCCAAGAUACGAUUACUUAGCCUAGAUGCCAGCCUACUACAACCGCGACAAUUAUGGUGACGAUGGUGGUGGUGGUCAGCGCUACAGGGGGCGAGGACGAGGCCGGGGCGGGUACGGUCGAGGAGGCAGAGAAGGCAGAGGCAGCGGCAGCCGAGGGUACAACCGAGGAGGAGGCGGAGGCAGACACUCCGACGACAGAUACAAGUGGAGUGAAGGGAGAGGCAGUGGUGGUCGUCAGCGAGGGUCUGGAGGCUACAGAGACAAUGGUUAUGGACACAGCAGCAGGUACAGAGAUGGUUCAGGGAGCAGCCACCAGGGGGGGCAUAUGUGGCACAGCGGCUCAGACCGAGGGGAAGGCGGCUCACAUAUGUUCAGGUCGUCCGGGAAUCACUUCAGCAGCAAGGAGUCGAGGAUUGCUUUGAAUAUACUGAAUGCUGAACUGGCUCUUGACGGGGUGCGUUCGCCACCCGUGCACAAGUAUCCCCAGCGUGAACGUCUGUUUGACCCUCGCAAGGCGAAGCGCACCAAGGGCCAGAGCGGUUAUUCUCGUGGUCCUGUGGAAUGGCUUAAGCUGGAUCAUUUCAUGAAAAGGAAAAUGGAAAUGGCGAGGUUAGAAAUGCCUCGGCCCGAAAAGAGGGAGAGCAAAGACACGGAAGAAAAGACUCCGGCGGCAGAGGGAAAAAAGGAGGCGAAAGAAGGGGAGCCGGAGAGUGCCACAGCCAAGGGAGGCAGCGAUGCUCCCCCCCCUGAUGCUACACAGAGUGACUCGGCCACAGCUGACGGGUCCAAGGACUCGGAGACAGACGCCAAGAGAAAGGACGACUCUAAAAAGAAGGACGAGAGUCACGAUGAAACGAACGUAGUCAUCCCCCGGGCGGCGCUGAAAUGCCACAUGUGUGCUAUGCCAAAGUUCCCCAGCACCAAGUCGUACCUGAAGCACAUAGAGGGUAAACAACACGCAAUAUUGGCCGACUGCUUCCACGACCGUAACAUCGCUGUCAUGGAUCUCCUAAUGGCCGAAUCAAAGUUGGCGUGUAAGUGGCGACCCAGGAAGGGCGGCUCCAAGCGUUGCCGCAAGUGUGAGUGUUUUAUGAUCACCAACAUUCAGCAGCACUGCCAGACAACAGAACACACGUUGGUGAGUCAGUUUGCCAGCGUUCAGUGUUGCAGUUACAAAUACAACCGAGCGAACCUGGAGGAACACCGCCUCUCUCUCCGCCACCUCAAGAAUCAGUGGGACAUUGACCAGAAGAACACGGAGAUGCAAGAACAGGAGGAAGAGGAGGAGAAGAGAAAAGAAAUGGACAAAGCAUUCCACGAAGAUGUUUACCGUCUCAAGAUGUCGGAGGAGGGCGAGGAGGAGUUGACCUCUGCCACCUUGCCCCCACACGACCCGACAAAACCCAUAGGUUUGAAAUUCCUCUACAGGGAGACUCAGUAUCGGUGCGAAAUUUGCCGGACUCAUUUACGGAACGCACCGCACGCCGAGUACCACUUCCGCUCGGUGGAUCACUACACCAACCUGUGUAGUCACUUGGCCGAAGAGAAGGAGAAGAAAGAACUGGAGAGAUAUAGAAAGAGGUUAGAAAUAUCUCCGCAUCAGGAACAAGAAUCAAAGGCGAAGGAGAACGCGGCCGGAGACGACGAUGACAAUUUCGAGGACAUGAAUAAUAUGGAGACCGUGGACGAGGCCUUGGAGGACGUCGACAUGGAGACCCACCUAGGAGACGAAACUGGGGGCACCGGCAAGGAGGAGAAGGACGACGACGUGGAGAACGGGGGCGGUGAGGGCGGAGAUCUGGAUGUCUCCGAACAAUCCAUGGGGUCGCCUUUGGUGGCAGAAAUUGGUGAAGACUUGGAUGGCUUACCAGAAGAACUUCUCCAUAAGGAAACACCCCAAGAACAAGGGAAAGAAGAACAACAUCCGGAUGAGGAAGAACAAGAUGGCGGUAAGGAACACGACAAAGAACAGGUUGCUCAAGAACACGGCGAAGAACAGGAUGCUAAAGAACACGGCGAAGAACAGGAUGCUCAAGAACACGGCGAAGAACAGGAUGCUAAAGAACACGACGAAGAACAGGAUGCUAAAGAACACGGCGAAGAACAGGAUGCUAAAGAACACGACGAAGAACAGGAUGCUAAAGAACACGACAAAGAACGCGACGAAGACCCAGGAGGAGAACGCGUCGAAGAACACGAUGAACCGAAACCAGAGGAGGAAGGAGAGGCUGUGGAAGAGAAGUGUUAAACAUUGGCCCACACAGGAGUGAGGAUGCAGAAUUGGCCACAACAGCAGAGGAAAACCUGGGCUACGAACCUGCUAAUGGGGUGUAGUGGAGUGUUGUCACGAAACCCGCGAGACGACAACAGUGGUCGUGGCUAAGAGGAAUGGGGAUCCACAUCACGUUUCUGUAUUGCUGCAACGAUCAUUGUAUUAUGGCGAAGACGAUGUCAGAAUGGACGUUAUAUUGCAACAGACGUCCCUAUUAUGUCGAGAGAGAUAUUUAUUGUCAGUGAGUUGGCUCGUGAGGUGUGGGGGAGGGGGGGGUGAAGCAGGAGAUGUUAACAAAAUCUUGCCCUAAUGAUCACCACACGCCACCUAUCUCUAUCAUCCUCCCUAGAUCAAUUCUCAACUCUUUCUCUCACCCUCUGUGUCUCAAGUCCCGCCCCACCAGCCAUCUCGAGUCCCACCCUUCGCCCACUAGCACCAUCUGGAAGUGAAUGCGUAUAACUAAUGUCAGUAUCCAAACCUGGGAGUCCAAUUUUUUUACACCCCAGGUAGAAGUGUUAUGAAGUUUUUGCUCACGUUUUUGGAACUAGUUGUCUUAUUUGAGGUAUUUUUUUAUUUUUUAUCGUAAGGUAGGAUUUAAAAAGGUUAUAUCAGGGUGUUAGAGAAGGCAUGAUGUUACUCUGUAUGUGUGUGUGUGUAUAAAAUAUGUAUACACACACUUAACAUCAGUAUGCACUUUACAGCUAUAAUGUACAUACACUUAACACCUAAACAUACUUACACACCAAUACACACUUAACAUCAACACACACACAGAACCUAACCACCAUUGACUCUCAUACAUAACCUAUUAAAAAAUUAAGAGAUUACAAAAUUGAACUAAUAAAUCAUAAAGCACA